AUGGAGGACGCGUGGCCGUCCAAUGGAUUGGCGCAUGAAGUUCGGAAAACGAAGAGAAAGUCAACAAGCCACCGCUACUGCUGUGUCUUCAAGUGUCAUCGGCGCGAAGGUGUGGACGAGAACGUAAAGUUUUAUCGCUUCCCCAGCAAACCAUAUGAAAGGGACCGGCGGCGACGUUGGAUAAAUGCCGUGCGGCGCGUGAGCCCAGACGGAGAGGCUUGGGAGCCUACUGAAAAUACAAGAAUCUGCAGCCUACAUUUUGUUGGAAAUCAGAGCAGCAACAUCGAGAAGCAUCCUGGCUACAUCCCAACGCUAUUUCCAAGGGACUACCUCAUGCAGGAACCCAAGGUUCCUCAAGACAGCCUUUCAAGAUUUAAACGGUGGAAUGGACGACAUAUUUCUACUGUUGCAAGACAGCAGAGUGAACAGCAGCUGGAAAACAGUGAAACCUAUUCAAGCAUUGACACGUGUUGCGACACACCAGGCUAUGACGCAUACGACCUAAACCCAGCUUGCGAAAAGGAGACACAGACAGAGCCCCGAGGUGAUGUGUGUUGGAGACUGACUCUCUUCCUGGGCAUAUCUGAAGAUGGUUGUGCGAGCACAAUGGUCUCCCACGCAGCUCUUCAGGAUUCAAGCCAUCUUACAAAGCCAUCCACAUCAUCUCAUUCCGUAGGUCCCGACGCCCGUGACUGUGUUUUCCUUGGCUGUGACAGUGCAUUUGCAACUAAAAGGGCCAUUCCUGAUCUAUGUGGUGUUAGUGACAAAGUGUUCGCCUUACUUUUGAGCCUCAUUCCCAGAGUAGCAGAGCGAUCAGACUUUGUGACAGCAGAAAAUAAGCUUUUAUUGUUCCUUGUGAAGAUGAAACAUGGUGUGCCAUUUCGUAUGCUCGGGGUGUUGUUUGGGCUACAUGAGACGACAGCUUCACGAAUAUUUCAUGCAAUCCUAGGCACACUAUGUCGUGCAACUCGCAGUUGGGUAUACAAGCCACCACUUGACGUAAUCAAGGCGACAUCACCAGCAUGUUUCCGGGCACACUAUCCUGACUGUACAAUGAUAGUGGAUUGUACUGAGGUAAAAACUGAGGUACCUCCUGAAAUAAGGCAAACGCAUAAUCUCUAUUCCACGUACAAGAGUGGAUACACACUCAAAUUCCUUGUUGCGAUUGCACCAAACGGCAUGACCAUAUUCAAGUCUGAAGCAUUCGGAGGCCACAGCUCGGAUGCAGACAUCAGUAUUCGCUCUGGCUUUCUCAACCUAGUUGGCCCUGGUGAUGUCAUCCUAGCUGACAAGGGCUUUCCUGGUAUCCGUGCAAGCGUAACUGACAAGGACGCAGUGCUAGUGAUGCCGCCUUUUUCAUGUGGGGGCAUCCCAUUUACACCUGAGGAGGUCGAUGAUACUUACCAUAUUUGGAAUGUCAGAGUUCAUGUUGAGCGUGCAAUUCAAAGAUUGAAAAUCUUUGGAAUAUUGACAAAUCGCAUUCCAAUAUCUCUCAUUCCUGCAAUGAGCCAUGUGUUUCACAUGUGUUGUGUGCUGGCAAACCUGCAGCCACACAUACUUAAAAAAGAGGAUUCUGAAAGCACCCUGUAA